AUGCCUAAACAAAGAAACAAACAUGUAAAUACAAAGAAAAAAACAUUUUCUACAUUAGAUAAACGUCAUCAACGAGUACGUCCAAGAAAACAGAUGCUUAUUUUUGAGAAAAAAAAGAGAAUAAAAGAAAUAAAAAAGCGUGAAAAAGACAAAGUGGAUUCUAAUGCAAAACAACCACAUACUAUUGAGUCCAAGAGGGAGGCAAACAAAAAUGUUUUUCAAGAAGAAAAUGAAGAAAUUGAGAGAAAAUUGGACGAAGAAACCUUUGAAUCUAUCAAUGAUCCAAAAUAUAUACCUAAAACUCUAAUUACAACAAGCAAACGACCGUCAAAACAGACAUAUUCGUUUGCACGGGAACUAAUUGACCUUUUUCCACAUUCAACGUUUAUUAAACGGGGGGUUCAGUUUGAAAUAGACAAGAUUGCAAUGUACUGUGCCAAAAGAGGCUAUUCAAAUCUUAUUUUUGUAAAUGAAAAUAGAAAAAUGCCAGACAGCCUUACAGUUAUCCAUUUGCCAUCAGGACCAUCGUUCUAUUUCACUUUAUCAUCGAUAACACCUAUUCGCUGUAUAUAUCAACAUGGUCGUGCAACCUCACAUAUACCCGAGCUCAUUAUCAGCAAUUUUACAACAAAACUUGGCUUAGUAGUAGGUCGUAUGUUUCGAUCGCUUUUCCCAGCACAACCGGACUUUGAAGGGCGCCAAGUAGUGACAAUUCAUAACCAGCGUGAUUUUAUAUUUGUAAGAAGACACAGGUAUAUUUUUAAAAAUGAAAUGAAAGUUGGUCUACAAGAACUUGGUCCUCAGUUUACACUUAGGUUGAGGCUUAUGCAACGUGGCAUUUAUGACAAAGAUGGGAAUGACAUUAUAUUCAAAAAUAAGCCGGGUGAAGAAAGUAACCGCAGAAGGUUUUGGCUGUCUUAA